AUGAGCCCGCAGCGUCCUCCGCGCCGCGACGGCGCUCUCCGCCAACGUCGCCUGUACUCCCGCCCACCGCUGCUUCUUCAACUUCAACCGGCAAACGUUUUCCGCAAGCCGGCUCCGCUUCGGCUGCUACCAGCGGUGGAAGCGGCGCUAGCGGUGCACUCAUGUCACCGCGUCGACCGGGAAUUGCGGGCCCUCCGCCGCCCGCGCGGCGAAAAACGGUUCCGCGGACGCACUCCGCGGAUUCGGUGGGCGGGGGUGGAGGAGGAGUCGGGCAGAUGCAGCCGCAAGGUGGAGGGGUUGCGCAAAAAAAUCCGCAAGCAUCUCCUCGCGGAGUGGGGUCCGCGCAACAGGCGGUUCGGCAGGAGUUGCAAAUUCAGAACCUGUUCUACCUGCAGCAGCCCAGCCGCAAAUUCCCUUCCCUCCCCCCGGAUCGCCCUCCUCUCACCGAAAUCGCCCUGCUCCAAUCAGAUCAGCCCAAACGCAUUUAACCCCCCAAGACAGGGAAGGUGGCUGCUGCUGGUGCAGGAGCAGCAGGGGUGGGAGCAGCAGCAGGAGCAGCAGCAGCAGGAGGAGGAGGAGGAGGAGCAGCAGCAGCAGGAGCAGGAGGAGGAGGAGGAGGAGGAGGAGGAGGAGGAGGAGGAGGAGGAGGAGGAGGAGGAGGAGGAGGAGGAGGAGGAGGAGGAGGAGGAGGAGGAGGAGGAGGAGGAGGAGGAGGAGGAGGAGGAGGAGGAGCAGCAGCAGCAGGAACAAGACCGGAACAGGGGGCAGCAACAAGGGUCCGGAAGGAAAAAGGCCGGCAUCACCACAGGACUAGAGGUGGUGACUCUGGUUCGGAAUGAGGAGGAGGAGAGAGAGGAGGAGAAGGAGAGGGAUUUGGAGAGGGCGAGGGAGGAGGAGAGGCAGCGCCUGCAGCAGCGGGGGGGUGGUGCUUGGGGUAGGGUUCGUGUGGCUGGGAGGGCCACUGCUGCUGGCGUUGCUGCUGCUGUUGCUGGUAGUGGUGGUGGUGGUGCUGCUGCUGCUGCUGGUGCUGGUGGUGGUGGUGGUGCUGCUGCUGCUGCUGCUGCUGCUGCUGCUCCUACGGCAGCUGCUGGUGCUGCUGGUGCUGCUGCUGCUGCUGCUGCUGCUGGUAGUGCUGCUGGUGCUGGUGCUGCUGGUGCUGGUGCUGCUGUGGCCUCUAGACCUGUGGCGAGUCUCGUUUGUAAAAAGAGCACGGAGUACGGAGCAACAAUGGCGUCGAAGAUGAAACGCGACGAGCACGCGGACGGAAUCUCCGUCGUCGCUUUCGGCCCGGAAGGCACUCUCGCGCACCGUCGAUUAUUCUUCGACGACGACGAUUUUAAGAUUAUUUCCCCCUGGCACGACGUACCGCACCGCGCCGCGGACGACGGAUUUAAUUUCCUCUGCCACACGCCGAAAGGCGCGUCCGCGAUUGUCGAAGUCGCGAAAGACGAGGACUACAACCCUAUCCGCCACGUGGCGCGAGACGGCGGCGCGGCGCGGUACACGGCCACUGCCACGUGGAACAUCGGAAUCGCGACGCAGACGUGGCAAGAUCCCAAGGACGAAUGCGACGUGGGGAAUGGCCGGGUGCUGCCAUUCGCCGGCGAGCCCGUACGCGUUAUAGAGAUCGGCGGCAUGGUUGCGAAACCGGGACAGCUGUACUCAGUGAGGCCGCUGGGCGCGUUCGCGACGAUUCGCGAAGACGAGGGGACGGUUUCGUGGACGGGGGGGAUUAAGGGCGCGGUGGGAGGGAUUGGGGGGGCGGUGGGGGGUAUUGGGUCGCGUCUGGGGAAGAGCAGGAAGGGCAUGGGUGGGAUGGGUGGCAUGGGUAAGGCAGGGAGACUUGCAGAGGAAGAGGCAGAAUGGGAGAUUUCAGCACCUGAAACCAGCAGCAACAUCAUUAACAGCAGCAGCAUCAGCAGCAGUGGCAACGGCGGCAGCGGCGGCGGUGGUGGUGGUGGUGGUGGUGGUGCUGCUGCUGGUGGUGGUGGUAGUGAUAGUGAGGGCAGCAGCAGCAGCACCCCCUGCAGCAGUACCAACGACGAUCGGCAGCAAUUGGUUAAAAACUCUUCGAUUGUUUCAGGGUCUUCCUUUGCUAAGACUCAUUCGGGGAAACUAGGAGGCUCCUUUGCUGCUUUAGGAGGGGGCCUUUCUAAGAUUGGCGGCGCGGCUAGUGGAAUAACUAGUGCCGUUUCAUCUGCUCGUGAGAAGGCAGUUUCAUCUGUGGGGAGUAGGGUUUCAUCUGUGAGAGGAGCGGUGGGAGGAGCGGUGUCAACUGUUGGCGGGGCGGUGGGAGGGGCUGUUACAACUGUGGGCGGUAAGGUUGGUGGUGCGGUUACAACUGUUGGUGGGGCGGUGGGCGGUGCAGUUACAACUGUUGGUGGUAAAGUUGGCGGCGCGGUUACAACUGUUGGCGGGGCGGUGGGCGGUGCAGUUACAACUGUUGGUGGAGCGGUGGGCGGCGCGGUUACAACUGUUGGGGGCGCAGUAGGAGGGGCGGUUACAACUGUCGGUGGGGCGGUGGGUGGGGCGGUUACACGUGUGGAAGGAGCUUCAACUCGCUACAAUUUCACACGAGGGGGUGUGGGAGCAGGUGGAAAAGAAGGGGGGGUGAAGCAGGAGGAGAGGGAGAAGGAAGAGGAAAAGGAGGGGGGAAAGAUGGAGGAUAAGGAGGAGAAAGAGAAGGAGGAGAAGGAGAAAAGGGAGGAGGAAGAAGGGGAGGAGAAGGAGGAGGUGAGGGUGGACAAGAAGGGAGAUGGAGAGGAAGGAGCAAGCUGGGGAGGAGAGGAAGGAGCAAGCAGGGGAGGAGAGGAAGGAGCAGGGGGGGGAGGGGAAGGAGGAGAAUCAGAGGCCGGAGCAGCAGCAGCAUCGGGGGCAGGAGAAGGAGAGGAGCAGAAGGAACCACUAUCAGAGGAGGAUAAAGAGAGGAUUGAGAGGGAGAGGGUUGAGAAAGAGUUGGAAAGAGAACGGAUUGAGCGGGCAAGGAAGCAGAGAGAGCGAUUCAUGAAGGCCCUUGCGAAUAAGAAACUAGGUCGUGGCAUCAGCGGCGGCGGCGGCGGUGGUGGUAAUGGCGACUUGUCGUUUGGAGCGGGGUCGGACUCUGCUGGCUCUUUCGUCACCAUCUCUCUUUCUGGAAGCUCCAAGUGCGACUCCUUUUCUCGAGAUUCCUUCUUGCGAGAUUCCCUGUCUCGUGACUCCCUGUUGAGGGAUGCACCUGGGUCCAGCAACACCCCCAGGUCCUCCUCUCGAGAGUUCGGCGGUUUCUUUUCCGGAGGACCUGCUUCCGGGCCGUUUCGCUCGAGCAGGCGCCGCUCUCUCAGUCGAGAGGAUUUCACCCUGAACCAUCUAGAAGCCUCUGGUUCCCCCCUAGCUGGUUCCCCUCUAGCCGGUUCCCCAGCCCUCUCCCCCCAACGGUACGCCUCUCCUGUUCACGAGCGUUUGACAGCAGCCGGGAUUCUCAGCAACACUCCCCGAGGCUCUGGAGCUGGUUCGGCUGGUGGCUCUGGUGCCCGAAUCGGCAGGUUCGGCGAAGGCUCGGGCUCGCCGAACCUCACGCCCAGCGGGGAGUAUGGUAACGAGGAGAUUAAGGAGCAUGCUGAAGAGGACAACAAGGAGGAUAGUAAGGAGCAUAGUAUGGGGGAUAUUAAGGAGGAAGGUAUGGAGGAUAUGAAGGAGGAUACUGAAGGCAGUGCCUUAAAGGAUACUAAGGAUACUGAGGGGUUAACAAAGGAGAAUAUUGAGGAGUAUACUGAGGAGGAUACUAAGGAGGAUACCAGUAACAACAUCAAGGAUACUGAGGACCUUGCUACGGAGGACAUUAGCAAACGUACUAAAGACGAUGUUGAGGAGGAUUCUAAGGAGGAUAUCAAGGCAGGCUUUAACGAGGAUACGAACGAGGAUGCUACGGCUGAUACUGAAGAGGUUAUUGGCGGUGGUGGUGGCGGUGGCGGUGGUGGCGGCGGCGGUGGGAGCCCUGCCAGCAGCAGCACAAGCAGCCAUGGGCACAGUGUGAGUGGUGAUGGUGAUGCGGCUGCUGCUGCUGCAGCGAAGGAGGCGAGGAGGGCUGCAAGGAAGCAGAAGAAGGCUGAGCAGGCUGCUGCUGAAGCGGCGGCGGCUGCUGCUUCUGCUGGUGCUGAUGCUGCUGCUGGUGCUGUUAGUGUAGGAGAAGCAGGGGCAGCAGCUGCUGGUGUGGAGGAGGGGCAUGAGAAGAGAAGGAAGGAGAAGGAGAGGAGUGGUGAGGAGAAGGAAGGGAAGGGGAAGGAUGAAAAGGAGAAGGACAGAAAGAAGAAAGAGAAGAAGGAGAAGGAAGGAAAGGAGAGGGACAGAAAGGAAAAGGAGGGAAGGGAGAAGGAUGGAAAGGACAAGGACGGAAAGGAGAAGAAAGGAAAGGAGAAGGAAGGAAAGGAAGGAAAGGAAGGAAAGGAAGGAAAGGAAGGAAAGGAGGGAAAGGAAGGAAAGGAAGGAAAGGAAGGAAGGAAGGAAAGGAAGGAAAGGAAAGGAAAGGAGAGAAAGGAGGGAAAGGAAGGAAAGGAAGGAAAGGAAGGAAAGGAGGGAAAGGAAGGAAAGGAAGGAAAGGAAGGAAAGGAGGGAAAGGAAGGAAAGGAAGGAAAGGAAGGAAAGGAGGGAGUGGAGAGGAGCAAGUCAAAGAAAAUAUCACGCGCCGCGAGUUCAGAUGAAUCAAUGUUAGCAGCAGGGGAAGGUGCAUUUGGGGAAGGCUUUUCUGGUGCAGGCGAUGAUGACUCAGUAUCUGACCUCGCGUCAUUCCGCGGUCGCUCCCCCUCCCCCACUCCCCCCGACCCGUCGCGCAUCUGCCUCAACCCCAACGCUGCGGCGUUCGUUCCGUGCUUUUCCGGCGCAGGCGGAAUCGGCGGAAGCGACGGAAACGGCGGAACCGGCGCCAGUGAGGGUCCUGAGGGGGUUAGCGGAAGCGGGGAAGGCGGCGACGGCGGAGAAAGGGGAGCGGAUGCUCACUCGGCGGAAGGAAACAUGUAUGCGCAGGCAAAUGCGCACGGGGAGGGUUCCGCUAGCCGUGGAUUGUCAGCAGAGGAAGCCAACUACGAAGGUUCCUCGUUAGAUAGAAUUCCGUCUAACACCUCAGUUUCAUCUGACGACGAGUAUCGUCGUUACGUUAGGGAUCAGCUUCCAGACGAGCUUAUUAGCUUCGACGAGCAGGACACGCCGAACCUCAACGGCAGCCUUCUCCCGCCGGACCUAGACGGGCUAGGCUUGGCAGAUCCCGAACAUGGAGGCGGCAGGUCCGGGCCUGGGGGCGGACCUCGUCCCGGCGCCGAGCGCGGGGCGGCGGGAGACUUUAUGCAUAAUAAAGUGGGUAUGCGGGGAAGUGGAGAGGGGCGGGGCUGGAAUCCGGACGCGCGGAGUUAUUUGGCGGAGCUUCCUCCCGACCAUCCCUUGCACCACGCCUCCCCGCAUCAGCACCAUCUCCCCCCGCACCUGCGCCAAGGCCCUGGAAGCGCUUCCGCCAGCCCCAUGUCCCACGCGCGGCAUUCCCUAGGCGGACCUCCCGCUUUCCCCGAACAUGAGUUUGGGGGCGGCUCCCCCGCGUCCUUUCCGCGGAACCCUCCGCCGUCCAGUCCCGCCGCGGCUGCGCUUCUUGCGCGGCUGGACCUAGGCGGGGGCGGAGGCGGCGGAUCAGGCGGAGGACCGCUUCCGCCCACCGCGCAGCAGCUUGCGGAGCUGCUAGACGGUCCUGCGCCUGGACUCGGGGGGCUUCCCCCUGGCGCAGGAUACCCCUUCGAUAACUAUCCCCCCCCGCAUUUCGAGCACUUGGGGGGAGGAAACCAUCCGCGCCCGUCCAACUCUCUUCCGGCUUCCCCCGCCCCUGCUGGUGCGCACCGCUUCAAUCCCGCUCUCCGCGGCAGCCCGCUCCAUUUCUCCCCCGCCCGCCACGGCCCGCCGCCUCCCCCGCAUCACAUGCUUCCGCCGUCGCAGCUGCUGGGCGGAAGAGGCGGAGCAGGGGAAGGGGGACGGGGACUCCCGCCCGGAAUCACGGAGUCGUCCAGGCGCGGGCAAUUUGGACCGCCGUUAGAUGGACCUGGGAGAAUGGACGGCCGGAUGGACGGCAGGAUGGAUGGCCGGAUGGACGGUAGGAUGGACGGCAGGAUGGACGGCAGGAUGGACGGCCGGAUGGACGGCAGGAUGGACGGUCGUAUGGACGGCAGGAUGGACGGCCGGAUGGACGGCCGGAUAGACGGCAGGGGAGAUGGUCCGCCCAUGGGCCCCCCAGGUAGCCCCAUGCCGGGCCCCGGGGGACCUCCUCCCCCUAACGCGCUUUACCAAGGCCCCGCGGGAAGAGGCGGGCGCGGAGGCGGACCAUUGGGCCCCGGGGGAAUGGGCGGACCUGGCGGGCAUGGCGGAAGAUUUGGGCCUGGUCCGCCGUUCAGCCCGGAAGUAGGCCCGCGCUUGGGCUCUCCGCCGCCUCCCCACAUAAACCCCGCCAGGGGCGCGGGGGGCGGAGGCGGAGGGGGGAAUAUGGGCCCGCCAGGUCCCUCUAACAGCUUCUCCCCGUCUAGGUCCCCACACCCGCGGUACUCCAGACCAGGUCCGAGGGGGCGGGGAGGAGAAGAGCCGCCGUCUCCGCUCAAUCAAGGUAUAGGCAGUCUAGACCACCGUAGUCCAAUGGGCGUGGGCAGGGGGGGAGGGCAUUUGCGCCACCCGCAGCAGAACCGGCGGAACAGCUUGGAUCAGCGGAGUCCCAUGCACCCGCUGCGGGACCUGCACCAGCAGGGGAGGCGAGCGGGGCCGGGAGGAAGGGGCGGAGGCGGCGGGGGAGGAGGUGGGGGACCAGGCGGAGGAGGCGGAGGCGGAGGGGGAGGAAGCGGGGAUGGCGGUGGCGGAGGAAUGCCCCCGGGAGGGGGAGACAACGGCGGACACUUUCCGCCGCCGUUUGAGCUUCCCCCAGGGCCGGCGCGCAUGCUGGAUAGAAGGUUCCGCGGACCGUCCGCGGGGUGGAACCCUGGUCCGCUGGACGAGCUAGAGGAGGGUCCCCCUGGCACGGGGGGGCCAGGCGCGGAGUACAACGCGCAUGGGGGGUUUCCGCUGCAUGAUCCCCUUCCCCCGCCCCCCCAUGGCCUCCCCCCGCACGAGCUGGGGGGAUUCUACCUAGACGAGGGGAUGCCGCCACCGGGCAUGCCCCCGCCCCCGCCCCCCCAUCAUCUCCCCCCACACCACGCGCGCGCGCACCCCCCGGGGCCUCCGCACGGGCUCGCGCCCUCCCCCGGUGGGCAUCCGCGCGGGGGGGGUCCGCCCCCGCCCCCGCAUCACGCGCUGGACGAUCCGAUUCUGGUGCUGGCGGCGGAAUUCCCGGAUUUUUCCAUGCAGAGCCUGGCGGACGCGUUUUUCGCGCAUGGGGCGGACCUGGGCGCGACCAUUGAGGCUCUGUGGCAGCUGCAGCAAUACCAAGAGGAUGGGGACCCCUCACUACACUCUGGCCCUCCCCGCUCGUCCCAACGCUCCCCACCUCUGGGCUCCCUUUCCAACUUCGCCUCGCCUCCGCCUCCCCAUCACUACUCCUCUGCUGCUGCUGCUGCCGCCGCCGCCUCCGCUGGUCGAGCGGUUACUGCUACUCAUUCCGCCUCCUCCUCCCACCCUCACCGAUUUAGCGCCCACAUUUUGAACUCCCCUGGGGGUCCUGGUGGGGUUGGUGAUUCUGCUGCUUCGGAUGGAGGUCCGGACGGUGGUCUGGACCCGAGCCUCCUCUCCCGCUCCAUGCCGAACCUGAAACCGUUUGGUUCGGCCGGGCCUGGAGCUCCGGGGCUGGAUGAGAUGCAGUGGUGGGUUCGGCAGCAGCAGGGGGAGCAGGGGGGGGAGAAGCAGGGGUUUCAAGGAAGCAGCGAUGCAUAUGCGGGCUUGUAUGGUGCUGGUGGUGCUGUUGUGGGUUCAGUGUGGGAUAUGAGUCCGUGCAAGCCAGGGGGGUUCGAGGGGAGGCGAGGGGAAUUCGAUGAGAAGCAGCAGCAGCAGCAGAAGCAGCAGCAUUUGCUUCGUGGGGAGGAGAUUGCAUGGCAUGCUAUGGCCGUAUGGCAUGGCAUGCUAUGGGCGUAUGGCAUGGCAUUAUGGGCGUAUGGUACGCUGUGGGUGCAUGACAUGCUACGGGUGCUUGAGUGCAUGGCAGGUGUUGACUUGGUGGGUUCGGAGGAGGGUCCACAUCCCCUCGCCCAUACUCUCCCUGUCCGCACAGCCUCCCAGCCCUGCAACAAGUGGGCCCCUGACGCCAACACCAACCCCGAUCCACCGUCAAGCUUCAACUCCAGGAGAAGCCUUGACGUUGACGCGCUCGCAUAUGGCAUCAGGGGCAUGCACGUGUCCAAUGCCCUGUGCCUGCUGCAGCAGGAGGUGGCGGCUUUGCGGUUUGCUGCUCAGCGCACCAAGUCCCGCCAGCAGCUCUACGUGCGUGUGGGGUCCGGUCUCUACACCAGUGACCGUGCACUGCAGCACAUGCCAGCAGUGGUGGAGCAGUAUUUGGUGGAUCAGGAAGGGCUUCACGUGUUGGAGCCGCAGCCAGGGUUACUGCGAGUGUUCAUGUGA